UGUUAUAAAAUAAUAGAAAUUUCUUGGUCACCACAAUGGAUGAAUUAAAAGCAAUCGAUAAUACCCAGAAUGCUUUACCGAUCACUAAUAUUUCAACUGAAGCUCUCCUACCCAAGGAGCCCUCAUCUCUGAUCAGCUUGCCGAAGAUAGGUAAAGAAAAGGAGGAUUCCAAAAAGAAAGUAAAAAAGAUCCAGUGUUCAAUAUGUUUGAGUAAAGUUCAGGAUUAUAAAACUCUUGAUUGAGGGCACAAGUAUUGUGAGGAAUGAAUUGUGACUCAUUUCACAUACCAGAUAAAAUCAAAAGUGUUGAUAAACACCUGUCCAGACUGCUUCAUGCCCCUAUCAGAGAGCUUCGUGAAGCCCCUGUUGAAAGAAGAAGUUCAAAAUAUGCUUGAAGAGUUUAAACAUCAGAGAGAAGUUGAUAUGGAUCCCACUCUUUAUUGGUGCCCACGAACUAACUGUGGGAAAUAUGUACAAAUUCUCGGUGUAAAGAAGGGGACAAAGCAUAAAGCAACCUGUGAAUGUGGCUAUUCCUUCUGUAUCCAAUGCCAUGAACUCUGGCAUGGAUCUAAGAGUUGCAAGAAAGCUAAGGAUAAAGGCCUCAGAAUCUUUCAGAAAUAAGACCAUCGUAAAGAAAUGCCCAAAGUGAGACACAACUAUAGAAAAAUAACGAAGGGUGUAAUCAUAUGACAUGCCACGUCUGUGCAUAUGAGUUCUGCUGGCUCUGAGGAGGAGAGUAUAAGAAUGGAGACCAUUUCACCAUCCUUAAUGGAUGCUCUUACUAUGGUAAAGGAGCUAGCGAUUACCUUCUAAUUGCACUACUACUCCCUGCACUUCUUUGAGUAACUCCUUUAGUGAUUGGUUGCAUUCUGAGCAAGUCUAGUUUUGAGAAAUGCCCGGCAAUUUGCUGCAUAAUAUGGAUCCCGCUGCUUAUAAUAGCUACUGUUCUAGGAUUCGCUAUGGUAGCGCUCUCUCCAUUGUUUUACAUAUUGGUUGCAUUUUUAUUCGUCAAAAGUCUGAUAAGACAGUGAAAAUUUAGAUAAGCAAAAUCUUUCAAUAAA